UCGAUUUGUAUAUAAGACACCGUGCGGCUUUACUACAGCAUCAGUCAACAAUCGUUCUCUGCACCUAAAUCCAAACAAAAUGUUCAAGGCUCUUAUGAUCUGCGCAAUCAUCGGCAUGGCCGCCGCCCUGCCAGUUGCCCCAGCUUCUGAUGAUGUCCACGCCGAGGUUGGUGUGCUGAAGUCCGACGUUCGCGCCGAUGGCUUCGAUACUGCUCUGGAGACCAGCAACCACAUUUCCCAGGCUGCCAGCGGUGAUGUCCAUGGCAACAUCCACGGUAACUUCGGCUGGAUCUCCCCCGAGGGCACCCACGUUACUCUGACCUAUGUCGCCGAUGAGAACGGUUACCAGCCCAGUGGUGAGCUUCUGCCAACCCCACACCCAAUCCCAGAGGCCAUCGCCCGCUCUCUGGAGUGGAUCGCAUCCCACCCAUCUGCCCCCGAGCACGGUGUUCACCAUUAAGUGAAGAA